CGCGUCAGUCCCGCGUAUGAUAUGUAAACUUUAACCUUUUCAGUCGGCAUUUUGAAAAAUUACAACAGGGCUAACCCUUUUUAUUUUUCCUGUUCAGAUAAUAUGCCGUAAAUAUUCUGCUUUCUUUUCCUGAAUCUGUCGAAAUUGUUUCUUACAUCGCUCACUGUUUCAGACUUGAGCUAAGGUAUAUUUAGAGAAGUUCACGAUAGUUAAUACAUUCGAGCCUUUUGCUGUUUUUGGCUGAAUUGGAACUGGACAAUUGCCAUGCCCUAAGUUAAGCUGGGGCUAGAGAUAUGGGAAGGGUUGAGAGGAACUGGGAGCGCCUGGUUCGAGCCACUUUGCAGCGAGAACAGCUUCGCAGUGGAGGGCGGGCAGGUGGCAGGGUAUCAGCAGGACUUUUUGGCAGUGUUCCAUCAUCUCUAGGGAGAGGCAGUAAUAUUGAUGCUAUUCUACAUGCUGCAGAUCAAAUUCAGGAUGAGGAUCCAAAUGUUGCUCGUAUAUUGUGCGAACAUGCUUAUUCAUUGGCACAAAACUUGGAUCCUACUAGUGAAGGAAGAGGUGUACUGCAGUUUAAAACAGGGUUGAUGUCUGUAAUUAAGCAAAAGCUUGCAAAGAAGGAUGGAGCCAAGUUUGAUCGCAGCCAAGAUAUCGCUCGAUUAAGGGAGUUCUAUAAGGCGUAUAGAGAGCGUCAUAGAGUGGACGAACUUCAAGAGGAAGAGCAGAAGUGGAGGGAGUCUGGUUCUAUUAGUGGUGACCUGGGAGAGUUGGAGCGUAGAACUGUAAAAAUGAAGAGAGUUUAUGCAACAUUAAAGGUUCUAGGUGAGGUUGUGGAAGCCCUCACCAGGGAUGCAGGUCCUGAGGAAGCUGACAAGCUUAUACCAGAAGAGUUAAAAAAAGUUAUGCAGUCAGAUGCAGCAAUGACCGAUGAAAUGACUGCAUAUAAUAUUGUACCUUUGGAUGCACCUGCAAUGACAAAUGCUAUUGGUUUGUUUCCUGAGGUGAAGGCUGCAAUUGCAGCAUUGAGGUACUCAAGGGAUUUGCCUCAGUUACCUAAUGAUUUUCCAAUACCUAAGCACAGAAGCCUGGAUAUUUUUGAUCUUCUACAGUAUACAUUUGGCUUUCAGAAAGACAACAUUAGUAACCAGCGUGAACAUGUAGUUCUCUUGGUUACAAAUGCACAGACGUGUUUUGGUAUACCCGAAGGUGUUGAUCCGAGAAUAGAUGAAGGAUCCAUUCACAAUGUCUUCAUAAAGUCUUUAGAUAACUAUCUGAAGUGGUGUAAAUAUCUGCGCAAGCGUCCUUAUUGGCAUAGUGUGGAAGCAGUAAACAGAGAAAAGAAGCUGCUGCUAGUUGCUUUAUACUUUUUGAUUUGGGGUGAAGCUGCUAAUAUUCGCUUUUUGCCUGAAUGCAUUUGUUAUAUUUUUCAUAAUAUGGCAAGAGAGUUGGAUGAAAUACUGCAACAGCAAUUUGCCCAGCCAGCUCAAUCUUGCACUGGGGAGAAUGUUGUAUCGUUCCUUCAGGAAAUCAUCUUGCCUGUAUAUGAGAUUGUAGCAGCGGAGGCUCGAAGUAACGAUAAUGGGAAAGCGUCACAUUCAGCAUGGCGAAACUAUGAUGAUUUCAACGAGUUCUUUUGGUCAUCAAAUUGUUUUGAACUUGACUGGCCUUGGAAAAGAAGCCAUAAAUUUUUCAGGAAACCAAAGGAAUCAACAAAGGGCAUGCGUGCUUUACGGCGACGGACAGGAAAAAGCAGCUUUGUCGAGCAUAGAACAUUUCUUCAUCUUUAUCAUAGCUUUCACCGUUUAUGGAUUUUCUUGCUAAUGAUGUUUCAGGGUUUGACGCUCAUUGCAUUCAAUGAUGGCAAGAUUAAUGUGAAUACCAUCAAGGAAGUUCUUAGUGUUGGUCCCACAUAUUUUAUCAUGAAGUUUAUAGAAAGUAUACUUGAUAUUAUGAUGAUGUAUGGAGCUUAUUCAAUGGCUCAAGGAUUUGCUAUUACACGGAUAAUAAUACGUUUUGUCUUGUUUGGAGGAUCAUCUGUAUUGAUUAGCUAUCUCUACAUAAAGAUGCUUGACGAGCGUAACAAACGAAAUUCAGACUCAUUCUAUUUUAGGAUCUAUGCCUUGGUUUUGGGUGUAUAUUUUGCCGUUCAAGUUUUCUUUGGCAUUCUUCUUCGGAUACCUUCAUGGCGAAGGCUAAGCAAUAAAGUCGAUCAGUGGUCUCUUAUUCGAUUUUUUAAGUGGAUGUAUCAGGAACGAUAUUAUGUUGGACGUGGCCUAUAUGAAAGGACCACUGACUACUAUAGAUACGUGUUCUUCUGGUUGGUGAUUUUUGGAUGCAAGUUUUCUUUUGCAUAUUUUCUUCAGAUAAAACCAUUGGUAAAGCCAACGAGGACAAUUAUUCGUCUCCAGGAUUUGCCUUAUUCAUGGCAUGAUUUCGUAUCAAAAAACAAUCACAAUUCCUUGACUAUUGCCAGCCUGUGGGCCCCUGUCCUUGCUAUUUAUGUGCUGGACCUUUACAUUUUCUACACUAUCUUAUCUGCUAUUGUUGGGGGUCUUAUUGGAGCACGGGCUCGACUGGGAGAGAUACGAUCAAUUGAGAUGGUUCACAAGCGAUUUGAGAGUUUUCCUGAAGCAUUUGUUAAAAACCUUUUCCCAUCAAAAUUCAAUAGGCUGGAAGGCGAUAUAGCUGCUCCACAGCCAUCGCCAGGGUUGAAUAAGAGCUAUGCUUCUAAGUUUUCUCCUAUCUGGAAUGAAAUUGUUAAAAGCCUCCGUGAAGAAGAUUAUAUCACCAAUCGUGAGAUGGAGUUGCUUCUCAUACCAAGUAAUACUGGGAGCUUAAAUCUAGUACAGUGGCCAUUAUUCCUUCUAUCCAGCAAGAUUUUUAUGGCUAUUGAUCUAGCUGUGGAGUGUGUGGAGUUGAAGGACACACAGAUGGAAUUGUGGGCAAAAAUCAAAAGAGACGAAUAUAUGGGCUAUGCAGUUGUUGAAUGUUAUUAUAAUGUGGAGAAAAUACUGAAAUCAUUGUUAAAUGAUGAGGGAAGAUUGUGGGUUGAUAGGUUAUUUCGUGAUGCAAAGGAGAGUAUACAAGAUGAAUCUUUAGUAUCCAAUUUUCAACUGAACAAGCUGCCUCUUCUGUUGUCCAGAAUUACUGCACUGACUGGACUCCUUAUGCAUGAUGAAACACCUGCUCUAGCAAAGGGGGCUGUGACAGCCAUGCAAGAUCUUUAUGAUGUAGUCAUCCAUGAUUUGCUGUCAAACAGUUCAAGAGAUUAUUAUGAUACCUGGGGCAUUGUCACAAAAGCAAGGAACGAAGGGCGUCUCUUCUCAAGGAUGGAGUGGCCUAAAGAUAUGGAAAUUAAAGAGCAGAUCAAGAGGUUGCACUUGCUAUUAACAAUCAAGGACUAUGCUGUCAACAUUCCAAAAAAUCUAGAGGCAAGACGUCGGCUAGAAUUUUUUACAAACUCAUUAUUCAUGGACAUGGCACCUGCAAAACCUGUGCAAGAGAUUUUAUCUUUUAGUGUCUUUACUCCAUACUACAGCGAGACUGUGCUCUACAACAUGUCUGAAUUAGAGAAGGAGAAUGAAGAUGGAAUUACUAUUCUCUUUUAUCUUCAAAAGAUUUACCCAGAUGAAUGGAGAAAUUUUCUGGAGCGCAUUGGUCGAGAUGAAAACACACUUGAUUUUGAACUUAAGGAGAAUCCGAAUGAUCUUUUGGAAUUGCGUUUAUGGGCAUCUUACCGAGGACAGACUUUAGCAAGAACUGUUAGAGGAAUGAUGUACUACAGAAAGGCUCUUAUGCUACAGAGUUACACAGAAAAUCCAGUACAUGACAUUGAGGAUGGACUUGCUGGAGCUGACAUGACAAAUGCACAAGGAUAUGAGCUAUCUCGUAAGUCACGGGCUCAAGCAGAUAUAAAAUUUACAUACGUUGUAACUUGUCAAAUUUAUGGACAACAGAAACAAAAGCAUGCGUCAGAAGCUGCUGAUAUUGCUUUAUUAAUGCAAAGAAAUGAGGCCCUUAGAGUAGCUUAUAUUGAUAUUGUUGAGACUCUUAAAGAUGAGAAGGCACACAAGGAGUUCUUUUCAAAACUUGUCAAAGCUGAUGCUGAUGGAAAAGAGCAGGAAAUUUAUUCAAUCAAGUUGCCUGGAGAUCCCAAGCUUGGAGAGGGGAAGCCUGAAAAUCAAAAUCAUGCUGUGAUUUUCACUCGUGGAGAUGCCAUUCAAACUAUUGACAUGAAUCAAGACAACUACUUUGAGGAGGCUCUCAAAAUGCGGAAUCUGCUUGAGGAGUUUCACAGCCGUGAUCAUGGACUCCGAUUCCCAACAAUUCUUGGUGUUCGUGAGCAUGUCUUCACUGGAAGUGUAUCAUCUUUAGCUUGGUUCAUGUCUAACCAAGAAACAAGUUUUGUGACUAUGGGUCAACGCGUCUUGUCAAAUCCUUUGAAAGUUCGUAUGCAUUAUGGCCAUCCAGAUGUUUUUGAUAGGAUUUUUCAUAUCUCAAGGGGGGGCAUAAGCAAGGCAUCUCGUGUAAUUAAUAUCAGUGAGGAUAUCUAUGCUGGGUUCAAUUCUACAUUACGACAGGGAAAUAUCACCCAUCAUGAAUACAUCCAGGUUGGAAAGGGACGAGAUGUUGGACUUAAUCAGAUUGCAUUAUUUGAGGGUAAAGUUGCUGGUGGCAAUGGUGAGCAGGUCUUGAGCAGAGACGUAUAUAGGCUUGGGCAGCUUUUUGACUUCUUCAGGAUGUUGUCAUUCUACUUUACUACUGUUGGCUUUUAUGUUUGCACAAUGAUGACAGUCCUAACCGUUUACAUUUUUCUUUAUGGCAAAGCAUACCUGGCUCUUUCUGGCUUGGAUAAGGCUAUUGCAAAAAAAGCUGGAGAACUAGAUGACACAGCACUAGAGGCAGCUCUAAAUGCUCAAUUCUUGUUCCAAAUAGGUGUAUUUACUGCAGUGCCAAUGAUAAUGGGAUUCAUCUUGGAGCAGGGACUCUUAAAGGCUAUUGUGAGUUUUGUAACUAUGCAACUUCAAUUAUGUUCUGUAUUCUUUACAUUUUCCCUUGGAACAAGAACCCAUUAUUUUGGUCGCACUCUUCUGCAUGGGGGCGCCAAGUACAGAGCAACCGGAAGAGGAUUUGUUGUUCGUCAUAUCAAAUUUGCAGAGAAUUACAGGCUUUACUCUCGCAGCCAUUUUGUAAAAGGAUUGGAAGUGGUGUUGCUUCUUAUAGUUUAUGUGGGAUACGGUUAUGCCAAAGGUGGUGCAGUGUCCUAUGUUCUCCUCACUAUGAGUAGUUGGUUUCUUGCUAUUUCAUGGCUGUUUGCCCCAUAUAUCUUUAAUCCAGCUGGCUUUGAGUGGCAGAAAACUGUGCAGGACUUUGAUGAUUGGACCAGCUGGCUUCUAUACAAAGGUGGGGUUGGAGUGAAAGCAGAAGAGAGCUGGGAAGCAUGGUGGGAUGAGGAGCAAGUACACAUACGAACAUUGAGGGGAAGAAUUUUGGAGACAAUUCUAAGUUUACGAUUUUUCCUCUUUCAAUAUGGCAUUGUAUACAAGUUGCAUGUCACUGGAAAAGAUACUUCUAUUGUGAUCUAUGGCCUAUCUUGGAUUAUACUGGUUGGAUUCAUUCUGAUAUUCAAGGUGUUCACAUUCAGCAAAAGAGUUUCAGUGAAUUUUCAGCUAAUGUUGCGGUUUAUUCAGGGUGCUACAUUCAUUGCAGUUGUAGCAGGUCUUGCUGUUGUAGUUGCUCUCACAUCAUUGUCAGUGACAGACCUUUUUGCUAGUGUUUUGGCAUUUCUUCCAACUGGUUGGGCCAUUCUAUCUCUUGCAAUAGCGUGGAAACCCAUUGUGAAACAGCUUGGCUUGUGGAAGUCAGUUUCUGCCAUAGCUCGAUUGUAUGAUGCAGGCAUGGGCAUGCUUUUGUUCAUUCCCAUUGCAUUUCUAUCAUGGUUUCCUUUCAUAUCGACAUUCCAGACACGACUUCUAUUCAAUCAAGCUUUUAGUCGUGGCCUUGAGAUCUCCCUCAUUCUUGCAGGAAACAAGCCAAAUACAUUAGAGUAGUUGGCCUUUUGUCUCUGUAAAAGCUGUAUUUUUUAUUUUUUCUAAUAAAUAUGUACUGGUAUUCCAUUUGUGGACUUCCGCAUAUUCAUUCUGCUGUAUCAUAGAUUUUACACAACAUUUUGAGGUGUAUAUCAUUGAGGACAUUUUAGCUUGCGUACAAGAGAGAACUUAGCUAUCAAUAUUUACUGUGUGAUAGCCAGUUUUGGCCUCUAUAGUAGUCUUCAAUUUUUCUUUGAUUA